AUGUCUCGCCUGAUCGACAGACUCCCCACACCGGAAAAGGUGAGGGAGAAGGAGUUGAUCGUAUUCAGCCGAAGCCGUGUUGGAACUUUCUCUCUUUUCCAAGCUCUCCAGAUACUCGGAUAUAGGCCCUACCACAUGUACGAAGUAGUCAUCCAAGGUGUUACCCAUCUCCAACUAUUUGAAGAGGCAUUGCGUUGCAAAUUCCUAGGCGCAGGAAAGCCAUACGGCAAGGCCGAGUUUGACAAGUGGCUCGCUAACUACGAUGCCAUUGUCGAGAUUCCCCAAUUCUUUAUCGAAGAGUUCAUCGAGUUCUACCCGGACGCAAAAUUUAUGAUCGUCGAACGCGAUGUCGACGCCUGGGAACGAUCAGUAUACAAUAGCAUUGCUGAGCCCAUCAAAGCCGGAAAGACCUUCCCCUUGAAUGUGAUUCAGCACAUUGAUGGCUUCAUCAAGGUCUUUGUUACCUUGCAUGAUGCGUUUGAACAGGUCAUGUUUCACGGAAAGGGCCUGGACGCGGGUAUGGAGGACGCAAAGAGAGACUGUAUCCUGGAUGCUCAAAAGGUGAAGAGAUUGGCUCCAAAGGACCAGCUUCUGGCAUGCACUUUGGAAGGCGGAUUUGGCUGGGAGCAGAUCUGCCCCUUUCUCGACAAGGAGAUCCCCAAGACGCGCUACCCUAAAGGCAAUGCGCCCGCCGAGUUCCAGGCACUUCUGAAGACUGUCAUUGGUCCUCAUAUCAGAUCCUCGAUUUUCAAGGUAUUGGGAACAGCAAUGGUGCCUGUGGUUGGCAUAGCGAUGCUGGCGUAUAUGAGGCAAUGA